AGGCGGCCGCUGUCGCCGACGCCCUGGCCAGCCUGGGCAGGACGCGGGCCAGGAUGGCCUCCCUCACGGCAUACGACAAAGAUAUAAGCAGUGGGAGUUAUAACCUUUCCUCUGCAACGACGGGCAGCUACUACAGUUGUGUCAGCCAGAUCACCAUAGGUUACGACGUUGCUGGGCCUGUUGCAGUUGGGCUCACCCACUGGAAAAAUCCAUAUGCACAAGGCAGACCCACCCUCCCAUCAGAUCUGCCUCUCUUCGUCUCCAAAGAUGUAGGCAUCCCGGUAUAUCACCGAUCCCUCACUCGCAAGACUGAGCUGGCCACGCCUCUGUCUUGCCCAGCCUCACUGUCCAUCACUCCAGUGCCUUCUUACAGCAGCAGCAGCCAGGAAACCCUGAGCCAAGACACAGCAGGUUUAAGUUUAUCUAUUCAUGGGGCUGAAAAGCGUUUGCAAAUCCACCAACGGCGAAGUGUGGCGAGCCGCCCAGGGUCACGUCGCCUGCCCGUGGUCAGGCAUUCCUCACUCCCACCAGGCAGAAGGUCACUAAAAAUGGAGGCAAAGUCUUCUGGAAUCACUAAUGGGAAAACCAAAGUCUUCCACCCAGAAGGAGGUGUGGAUUUGCAAAGCUACCAGCUGGAUAUGCAAAUACUACCUGACGGGCCAAAGAGUGAUGUGGACUUUUCAGAGAUUCUUAAUGCAAUACAAGAAAUGGCCAAGGAUGUCAAUAUACUUUUUGAUGAAUUGGAAGCUGUCAACAGUCCUUGCAAAGAUGAUGAUUCUCUCCUUCACCCUGGAAACCUGACCAGUACUUCAGAUGAUGCUAGCAGAUUGGAAGCAGGGGGAGAGACAGUACCAGAAAAAAACAAAUCAAAUGGACUUUACUUCAGAGAUGGAAAGUGUCGAAUUGACUACAUUCUUGUGUACAGAAAAUCCAACCCCCAGAUGGAAAAGAGAGAAAUAUUUGAAAGAAAUAUUAGAGCAGAAGGGUUACAAAUGGAGAAAGAGUCCUCUCUAAUAAAUAGUGACAUUAUCUUUGUGAAGUUGCAUGCCCCAUGGGAAGUGCUCGGAAGAUAUGCAGAACAAAUGAAUGUAAGAAUGCCUUUCAGGAGAAAAAUCUAUUACCUGCCCCGCCGGUACAAGUUCAUGAGCAGGAUCGAUAAACAAAUAAGCAGUUUUCGGAGAUGGUUACCUAAGAAGCCAAUGAGGCUGGACAAGGAGACACUGCCAGACCUGGAGGAGAAUGACUGCUACACUGCCCCUUUCAGCCAGCAAAGGAUCCACCACUUCAUCAUACACAACAAAGACACUUUCUUCAACAAUGCCACGAGAAGUAGAAUUGUACAUCAUAUUUUACAAAGAAUAAAGUAUGAAGAAGGAAAAAACAAAAUUGGUCUGAAUCGUUUGCUUACUAAUGGCUCCUAUGAAGCUGCAUUUCCUCUGCACGAGGGAAGUUACAGAAGUAAAAACUCCAUUAGAACCCACGGAGCAGUAAACCACCGCCAUCUGCUCUAUGAGUGCUGGGCCUCCUGGGGCGUGUGGUAUAAAUACCAGCCGUUGGAUCUUGUAAGGCGGUACUUCGGAGAGAAGAUUGGGCUGUAUUUUGCCUGGUUGGGCUGGUACACCGGCAUGCUCUUCCCAGCCGCUUUCAUUGGAUUAUUUGUCUUUUUGUAUGGAGUCAUAACUCUGGACCACUGCCAAGUCAGUAAAGAAGUCUGCCAAGCUACAGAUAUCAUCAUGUGUCCUGUGUGCGAUAAAUACUGUCCGUUCAUGAGGCUGUCAGACAGCUGCGUUUAUGCCAAGGUAACCCACCUUUUUGACAAUGGAGCCACUGUCUUUUUUGCUGUUUUCAUGGCAGUCUGGGCGACAGUUUUCCUGGAGUUUUGGAAAAGACGCAGAGCAGUAAUUGCUUAUGACUGGGAUUUGAUAGACUGGGAAGAAGAGGAGGAAGAAAUACGGCCCCAGUUUGAAGCCAAGUAUUCCAAGAAAGAGCGGAUGAAUCCCAUUUCGGGAAAACCAGAACCAUAUCAAGCAUUUGCAGAUAAAUGCAGCCGACUUAUUGUUUCUGCAUCUGGAAUAUUCUUUAUGAUCUGCGUGGUGAUCGCCGCCGUGUUCGGGAUCGUCAUUUACAGGGUGGUGACCGUCAGCACUUUCGCUGCCUUUAAGUGGGCGUUAAUCAGGAAUAAUUCUCAGGUUGCAACCACAGGGACUGCCGUGUGCAUCAAUUUCUGCAUCAUCAUGCUGCUGAACGUGCUCUAUGAAAAAGUUGCACUGCUUCUGACAAAUUUAGAACAGCCUCGCACUGAGUCCGAGUGGGAGAACAGCUUCACCCUGAAAAUGUUUCUUUUUCAGUUUGUCAAUCUGAACAGCUCCACGUUUUACAUCGCAUUCUUCCUCGGAAGAUUCACAGGACACCCAGGUGCCUACUUGAGGCUGAUAAACAAGUGGAGACUAGAAGAGUGCCACCCUAGUGGAUGCCUUAUUGAUCUCUGUAUGCAAAUGGGUAUUAUAAUGGUGCUAAAGCAGACCUGGAAUAAUUUCAUGGAACUUGGCUACCCGUUAAUUCAGAAUUGGUGGACUAGAAGGAAAGUGCGACAAGAACGUGGACCUGAAAGGAAACUAAGUUUCCCACAGUGGGAAAAGGACUACAACCUUCAGCCGAUGAACGCCUACGGACUUUUUGACGAAUACUUAGAAAUGAUUCUCCAGUUUGGAUUUACAACUAUCUUUGUGGCAGCUUUUCCCCUAGCACCACUUCUGGCCUUACUGAAUAAUAUAAUUGAAAUUCGACUUGACGCUUAUAAAUUUGUCACACAGUGGAGGCGACCUUUAGCUUCAAGGGCCAAAGACAUAGGAAUUUGGUAUGGAAUUCUUGAAGGCAUUGGAAUUCUCUCUGUUAUUACAAACGCAUUUGUCAUAGCGAUCACAUCUGACUUUAUCCCUCGCUUGGUGUACGCUUAUAAGUAUGGACCUUGUGCAGGCCAAGGAGAAGCUGGGCAAAAGUGCAUGGUUGGCUAUGUGAACGCCAGCUUGUCUGUAUUCCGAAUUUCUGACUUUGAGAACCGAUCUGAGCCUGAGUCUGAUGGGAGUGAGUUCUCGGGGACUCCUCUCAAGUACUGUAGAUACCGAGACUACCGUGACCCUCCUCAUUCACUGGUGCCCUAUGGCUACACACUGCAGUUCUGGCAUGUCUUAGCAGCCCGACUGGCUUUUAUCAUUGUGUUCGAGCACCUCGUGUUUUGUAUAAAACACCUCAUUUCAUAUCUGAUCCCAGACCUCCCAAAAGAUCUAAGGGAUCGAAUGAGAAGAGAGAAGUACUUGAUUCAGGAGAUGAUGUAUGAAGCAGAACUGGAGCGUCUUCAGAAGGAACGAAAAGAGAGGAAGAAAAAUGGAAAAGCACACCACAAUGAGUGGCCGUGA